AUGGCGUACGACUUGAAACUCGAAUGGGAGGGCCCUCACCAGUUUGAGGCCCUCGCCUCCCGCGCAGCCGCCCUUGGCUUCUCAGUCGUUGCCAGCAAUACGUACGUACACCUCCCUCCCCAACGAGGCCAGGCUGCACCAACAGCAGCGGCAGCGGCUCUGGCGAAGGCCGUCAAGGAGGGACUGCCCUUUCAGCACCCCCUCCGUCUCCCUUCGCCCUUGGUGCCGCGGCCGCUUACCCUCACCAAAGCAGCAACAGCGAAGACGGAAGCAACUACUGCAGCAGAAGCUCCUGGAGGACAGACUCAGCAGCAGCACCUUGUAGAGUGGCUGCCGGCGAGCACGCCAGCGCUGCACUCGCACGCAUUGCUUCAUUACCACCAGCAUCAGCAGCUCCCCGCGUCUGGCUGCGGGCCUCUCAGCGACAAGCAGUGGGAAGAUAUCUUUCCAUACGCUUCCGCAGCGAGAGACAUUGCCCAGCGUCGCUUAGCAAAAUCAGCAGCAGCUAAGGCACCCAAUGCUACACUGUGUGAGCUGCUACAGCUACGUCGCGUGACGGUAGUUCUGGGCUCAACGUCUGCAGCUGCAAGCUUCAGCACACUAUUUCCCAGAAACCCCCCAUUCUACUCAGCGGCGGACGGAAGCCCAACAACGCAGUCGGAACGGAGUAGUGCGUGCAUCGAGCUGCUAGCAGUGCAACCGACAGACGAGGCCACUUGGCAGUUCGCCUGCAGCAGUUGCGAGUGCGACCUUAUCGCCGUCGAUUUCGAGGGCGAUCCUGCAACCAGUGUGGCAGCAAAGCUGCCCUUCACGAUUAGGCGAAAACACGUAUUGCAGGCCGUCCGCCGAGGCGUCUCCUUCGAGGUAUCACUCUCCGCCUUCUUGAAGAAGCAGCAGCAGCGGCAGCACCUGCCAGGACCAGGAGCAGCAGGUGUAGGCGACAGAAAUGAGGCUCUCGCAAACCUGCAGCGCUUGCUGCGGUUCGUGCCUCCCCGCCAGCUGGUGCUCUCUUCAGGAGCUUCAGAACCCCAGCAGCUUCUGGGCCCUGCGGCUGCACUUGCUGUUGCUGCUGCGCUUGGCAUCUGCAGCAGCAGGACGCAUGCAAUGUACGGCAGCGCAGCGGCAGUGCUGGGCAGAGGAGCUGCUUCGCACGCGAACGGUGGCGCAGUUACGCAGGGGUGGCCAACAGCAGCAGCAGAUGGAGGUCUUGUUGCUGCUGCUGCCAGAGCAAACAUGCCCCCCGCAGUUCUUGAGCAACUUCAGGCAGUGAGGCACCUGCUGCAAAUGCAACAGCAGUAA